UUUCUUUUAGUUCAAUAAACCAGUAUAAAAUGUGGAUCAUAGUUAGUUUUGACGAUGAAGAUGCUGUAGAAGCUGUUCCUACUCACUGGAUUAAAAAUAACAUGUGUGCCUGGCCAAAAAAAGAUACAAAAAAACAUAUACAACGUAGGACUAUUCCAAAUAAAUUUGAUUUUAAUUAUUUUAAAUCAAGAAUUUUGAAAAAAGGCAUUGGAACAUUACAUGAAGCUCGAGAAAUGGUUAAAUUGGCAGAGGAGACAAGUGACCUAUCUAAUAUAGAAAACACAAAAAGGAAAAAAAAAACUACAAUCAAAAAUGUAGAACCUCCUCAGUAUAUUGAAAAAUUACAAUUACAUAAAAAUAAACAAAAUGAUGAUUUAGUUUCUAGGGAGGAUUUUGAUAGGUCAAUAACAUUUGAGACUUCACCCAAAAAGCAGAAAACAGUUACAAGUUAUGAUUUUAACCAAAAUUUAGAACAUAACUAUAAAGAGAUCAGUACAAUAGAGAAUUGUAAGACACAAUCAUUAAAAUCCAAACUAAAUAUGCUUGGUUCUAGAUUUUCAAAUGAAGGUCAUACUAAUCAUCAGAUGUCAGAUUGCUCUCCUUCAAAAGUAAAAAGAACUCUUUUUAAACCAAUAAGUACAUCAAUUCAAGAGAAUAAGUCUUCAUCAACAACUCCAGAAAGUAAUCAUGAAAUAUCAUCCAUCGUAUAUACAUCAUCUUCUCCAUUUAAGGUCAUAUCACAAGACAACUAUCAAUCAUUAAUUCCUGAUGUUCAUGAAGAAAUAGUGUUAUCAGAUUAUAAUACCAAACAGUUAUCAAAUCUUAGCCAUAGACCAUCCACAUCAACUAAACACAAUUGUAAUGAUGAUUUAGAAAUCAAAAACAUGAUGCCUAAGCCAUAUUCAUCUACAAAAUUCAAUAAUUAUAUUAUUAAAGAUCACAAAAGGAUGAAUGAAGUUUCACCGCAGAGUAAUUUAGCCAUCACACCAAGAGGCACCAAUUCAUCUGACCAACAUUCUGAUAUUUUGAACAGGAUCUUAAAUGUGGUAUUAAAGAUUAGGUAUGAUGUACAGUCCAUUCAACAGAAGCAGAUGGAAAUGGAACAGGCUCUAACAGAUGCAAUAAAUCAAGUAAAUGAAACCAAAGGCUCCACUCACCAAAAUAUAUCAACAGAAGCAGAAGAUUUUUAUUUAAUGAUUCCCAUAAUGGACGAAGAACAAUUAUUUAUAUUUGAAGAAAAACUUUUGGAAAAGUCUUAUAAAUUAUGUGUUGUAAAUGAGCUCAAACGUCUUCAAAAAAAAGAACUUAAUUCUACGGUAAGAGGCUUACUAAAAGCACUUUUCAACGAUGAUGUCUUAAAAGAAUAUAGUUAUGUUGGGCAAAAAAAAAAGAAAAUUUUCUGUUCAUUAAGAUCAUGUGCAAUAGUUUUUGAAACGAUUAGAAAAAUGAAAAACUUCCAAAGUUCAACUAACGCAACUAUUGAAGACCCAAUUAAAAAAUACAUAGCUGGUGCUGGUUUUAGAAAAUCUUCUAAAAAUAUAGAUUAACCAACAAUUUUAAAUUUCAAUUAUUCUAUUAAAACAAACAUUUUAAAGAUAUAAAAUACCUGUUUAUUAAGUUCAUAUUUGUAUUGUAAUAUUACAAAAGUUUGUUAUUUUUAUUUUAUGAUACUAUAAUAAUA